UCUCUAUUGAAGAAAAACAACAUUUAACUAAAAUAGCAGCUAUUUCAUUCCCUCCUCUCUGAAAGUUCUAGUAUUUUUCUUUACCAUAAAGUAAAUAAAAAUGUCCUUACUUGAAGAGUCAGAGAGGCUACGUAUACCCUUUGGUGAUAUUAGAGAAGCCACUAAAAACUUUACUACACUUAUUGGAAAGGGUGGAUAUGGCUUGGUUUACAAAGGACACCUCCUACUUUCCGGUAAACUUACCCCUGUAGCUGUUAAGCGACUACAAGUUAACCUUUCGGGUCAAGGGUUUAAGGAGUUCUUAACAGAAAUUCAAUUGCUCACUCGUUAUAAACACCCAAACCUCAUCUCCCUCAUUGGUUUUUGCUAUGAAGGUGAAGAAAAAAUCUUGAUUUAUGAGUAUGCAGAACAUGGAAGCCUAGACAAGUACUUAAGUACCGUAGAAAAAAGGCGUGCACUAACAUGGAAGCGACGGCUCAAUAUAUGCGUCAAUGCAGCCCGCGGUUUGAAUUAUCUUCAUAACCAGGUUGCAGUAAAUGAAAGAGUUAUCCAUAGGGACAUCAAAAGUGCUAAUGUUUUGUUAGAUCAAGAUUGGAAAGCAAUGAUAUCAGAUUUCGGGCUUUCAAAAUUAGGUCGUGCUAAUGAGAAAGACACUUAUCUCAUUACUAACGCUUCCGGAACAUAUGGCUAUUGUGAUCCGAUAUAUACAAGGUCAGGGAUCCUUACAAAAGAAUCAGAUGUCUAUUCUUUUGGGGUGGUUUUGUUUGAAGUCUUAUGCGGGAGGUUGUGUGUGAUAGAUGUACACAAUGAACACCGAUUUCUACCUCAAUUAGCCCAAAGCUACUACAAAAAGGGUAAAAUAAAUGAGAUUAUGGAUCCAGAAUUGCAGAAUCAGCUUGACUCGGAUUCCUUAAAAACGUUUUCAGAGAUUGCAUUCAAAUGCAUAAAAAGUACUCGUAAGCAACGACCCUCAAUGCGUUGGGUGUUAAAAAAACUUCAGGAUAAUUUGGUGGAAUCAUCCUCAAAGCCAAGUAUUUCAUCAGGUCCAGCACUCAAUGUGGCUCCUUUAUUAUCCGGUACCAUGAAUAACGAGGUCCAAGUUGGUGGUGUUACUUUUGAAGCAAUAAGUGGCUCAAUCAGACAAAACAACCAAAUUCUUGAUCAGAUAUCAGCUAAUAUGUCUUCAACGAAACUGCAGGAUAAUAUCAAGCUCUUCAGCCACACGAAGAAUAAUAUAGCCGCCAUUUUAAAUAAGAUGAGGUAUAUGCCAUUUUCCUCGCUGAUGCCGCCAUUGCCUGUAUCACUAAACGAGGAUCUUGCAACUAGUAUUGAAACUGCUGUGAUGCAGGAUGACAUCGAGCACUUCGGAGAUGUUGGUCCCCUGGACGAUAAUGUCGAAUCUUUUCUACAACAUGAUGCAGGAGAUUGUAGCACUUUAAAGCAAACAAUUACAGAGCACAAGACCGGGUCUUCUAAGGGUUUUUCUUUCGGGGAGGUUGGAUGUAUAUGGACAACAAAUAAGGUCACAUGCUGCCAUUUUUCUUCCGAUGGGAAAUUGCUUGGUAGUGCAGGCCAUGAAAAAAAGCCUGUUUUGUGGAACAUGGAUACCUUACAAACUUGGAGCACCCCUGAAGAACAUCAACAUGUAAUUACUGAUAUUCGGUUUCGGCCAAAUUCAACUCAGCUAGCAACUGCAUCCUUUGAUAAGUCUGUGCGGAUAUGGGAUGCAGCUAAUCCGAGCAAUUGUUUGCAUGCACAUACUGGGCAUACGGGACACAUUAUGUCACUAGAUUUUCAUUCCAAGAAGAAUGACCUUUUCUGUUUCUGUGAUAGUAACAAUGAAAUCCAAUAUUGGAAUCUCAGCCUUUUCCAGUGCACUCGCAUCUCUAAGCAAGGAGGAAGUGCUCAAGUGCGAUUCCAGCCUGUAACUGGACAUUUACUGGCGGCAGCAUCUGACAAAGUUGUUUCCAUUUUCGAUGUUGAAAAUGAUAGGCAAACACAUUCAUUCGAGGCACAUUCAGACGUGGUAAACUACGUGUGCUGGGACUCAAACGGUGACUAUCUGGCUUCUGUUACCGAGGAAUCUGUGAAAGUGUGAUCAUUAGCUUCUGGGGAAUGCAUUCAUGAGCUCGCUUCUAAUGGAAACCAGUUCCACUCUUGUGUUUUCCAUCCAAGCUAUUCUACUCUUUUGGUUAUUGGCGGCACCCGUUCAUUGGAGUUGUGGAACACGACGGAGAACAACCGUAUGACAGUUCAAGCACAUGACACCAUAGUAGCUGCUUUGGCACAGUCGCCUGUUACUGGAAUGGUUGCUUCUGCAAGUCACGACAGUUCUGUUAAAUUAUGGAAAUAAACAAAUAAGGAUGUGCCCAUUUGUCCACUAAAGGGCGAGCUAUACUGACUAAUGACUAUUGCAUCUGUUUAACUAUUGUCAAGAUACCAAACAAUGGCUUUCAAAAUUAAAUGUUUUUCAUGGGAAAUGGCGAAUUUUAUGCACUA